AUGGUGUACGAGCCGAACCGUUGCUACAACUUUCCCCAGCUCGAUCGGCGACGGAACGCCAAGGUGGACAUCUACCAACAUGUGGGCACCUGCAUGAUACCUGUGGACCCAGACACCAAAUCCAGUCACGAGGUGACGGUCACCAGCAUGGAUCCGGAGCUUCCGGGGAGUCGAGUCCGCAUCAACGUCCAGGCCAAGUCUGAAGACAGCCGGCAGCAGAGGGAGGAGCGAACAAAGGCGCUCAAAGUACAAGCCCGGGAUUACCUCAUGAAGCACAGCGUGGAGGAGCGACUUUCUGAAGCGGUGAAGGCCUUGUUGAAGGAGCAGCCUGCUGAUGCCACGGCUUUCCUGUGCAAGCAGCUCAUGGAUUGGGACGCCAAGCCAGCGCCCAAGACGAAGCCGGCGCAGGAGCCGACGGCACCGGAGCCGGAGGAUGUGCCCCAGGUCUUCGAGGACGAGGGCGCUAACCGACUCCGCCUGAACGCGCGCGAGACCUUCCUGAGGGCCACGGAGGAUGGCUCCUUGGAGCGUGUGCUAUCCGGAGUCCGAAAGCCGCAGGGAGAGGUCAAGAACAAGGACGGCGGCGCAGCCGCGCCGGCGGAUCCGAAGGAGGCGCUCCGCGCGAAGGCGUCCAAGGCGUUGAUCACCGCGGCGGAGAACGGGAAGUUGGAGGAGGCCCUGGCCACGGUGAGGAAGGAUGGCUCGGAAGAGAAGAAUCCGAGAAAUGUGCUGCGCAUCAAGGCCUCCCAGACAUUGAUCGCUGCGGCUGAGAACGGAAAGUUGGAGGAGGCCCUGUCCGCGGUGAAGAAGAAGGACAAGGCCUCUGGAGCGGCCUCGGCAGACACGGAUCCGACGGAUCAGAUGCGUGCAGAGGCAGUCGAGAUCUUGAUGGCGGCUGCGGACAAUGGACAGCUUGAGGCGGCUUUGAAGGGCUUGGUGAAGGAGGGGGCGCCGGACCAGUCGGAGCAGAUGCGCGAGCAAGCGGUGGAGAUUCUCAUGGCGGCGGCGGAGAACGGGCAACUGGAGGUGGCACUCCAGGCCUUGACCAAGGACGCCAACCAGAAGGGCAAGGAGAGAGCUUGGGUCACAUGA